AUUCAAAACGCCGGAAGUGACUACGGAGGCCGGGAGGCUUGGCGUGAAGGAUCCGCGACGGGAGGCCGCGAUGAGCGACAUGGUGGAGAGGACGCUCACGGCGCUGCCGGGGCUCUUCCUGCAGAACCAGCUGGGAGGGCCUGCGGCCUCCAGAGCUCCCUUCUUCUCCAGGCUGGGCGGCCUCAUCCGCGGCGUCACUGCGCUCUCGUCCAAGCACGAAGAAGAGAAAUUGAUCCAGCAGGAACUGAGCAGCCUGAAGGCGACUGUUUCCGCUCCGACUACAACACUGAAAAUGAUGAAGGAAUGUAUGGUGAGACUUAUAUAUUGUGAAAUGCUUGGCUAUGACGCUUCCUUUGGAUAUAUACAUGCAAUCAAGUUGGCCCAACAAGGAAACCUCUUGGAAAAAAGAGUGGGUUAUUUGGCUGUUUCUUUAUUUCUACAUGAAAGUCAUGAACUUUUGCUUCUUCUUGUGAAUACAGUGGUAAAGGACCUGCAGAGCACUAACCUGGUAGAAGUAUGUAUGGCCCUUACUAUUGUCAGCCAGAUUUUCCCUCGAGAAAUGAUUCCAGCUGUUCUUCCAUUAAUAGAAGACAAACUUCAGCAUUCUAAGGAGAUUAUACGAAGAAAAGCAGUUCUGGCAUUAUACAAAUUUUAUGUCAUUGCCCCUAAUCAAGUACAACAUAUCCAUACUAAAUUUCGGAAAGCACUUUGUGACAGAGAUGUUGGUGUCAUGGCUGCCUCUUUGCAUAUAUACCUUAGGAUGAUUAAGGAAAAUUCCUCUGGAUAUAAAGAUCUGACUGAGAGUUUUGUGACAAUUUUAAAGCAAGUGGUAGGAGGAAAGCUCCCACUUGAGUUUAGUUACCACAGUGUGCCAGCACCGUGGUUACAGAUCCAGCUCUUGAGAAUACUGGGACUGCUGGGAAAGGACGAUCAAAGGACAAGUGAAUUAAUGUAUGAUGUUCUUGAUGAAUCCUUACGAAGAGCCGAGUUAAAUCACAAUGUCACUUAUGCUAUUCUGUUUGAAUGUGUACACACAAUCUAUUCUAUUUAUCCUAAGUCAGAAUUACUUGAGAAGGCUGCCAAGUGCAUUGGAAAAUUUGUUCUGUCACCUAAAAUAAACCUCAAAUAUUUAGGACUGAAGGCUCUUACCUAUGUUAUCCAGCAGGAUCCUUCUCUGGCUCUUCAGCACCAGAUAACCAUAAUUGAAUGCCUAGACCACCCUGAUCCCAUUAUUAAAAGAGAGACUCUGGAACUUCUUUACAGAAUUACCAAUGCACAGAAUGUGACAGUUAUUGUACAGAAAAUGCUUGAAUAUUUGCAUCAGAGCAAAGAAGAGUAUAUCAUCAUCAACUUGGUUGGCAAAAUAGCUGAGCUGGCCGAGAAAUAUGCUCCUGACAAUGUGUGGUUUAUUCAGACAAUGAAUGCUGUGUUUUCAGUGGGCGGAGAUGUGAUGCACCCUGAUAUCCUCAGUAACUUCCUGAGACUGCUAGCGGAAGGUUUUGAUGAUGAAACAGAAGAUCAACAAUUAAGAGUCUAUGCAGUUCAGUCUUACCUUACUUUACUAGAUAUGGAAAAUACUUUCUAUCCACAGAGAUUUCUUCAAGUUAUGAGUUGGGUGUUAGGAGAAUAUUCCUACCUCUUAGGUGAAGAAAGUGCAGAGGAAGUUAUAACCAGGCUCUACAAGUUACUUAUGAGUGACUCCAUUUCUUCAGAAACAAAAGCCUGGUUGAUUGCUGCAGUGACCAAGCUGACACCCCAAGCACAUUCUUCUCAUAUAGUUGAGAAAUUAAUCCAAGAAUUCACUGUGUCUUUGGAUACUUGUCUAAGACAGCAUGCAUUUGAAUUGAAGCAUCUGCAUGAAAAUGUGGAACUUAUGAAGACCUUGCUUCAAGAUACUCAGAAUUGUGAAGACACAGUGGUGGAUGCUUCUUUAUCUUUUCUGGAUGGUUUUGUAGCUGAAGGUCUCAGUCAGGGGGCAGCACCUUACAAACCGCAUCACCAGCGCCAAGAGGAACAGCUUUCUCAAGAAAAAGUUCUCAAUUUUGAACCAUAUGGACUAUCAUUUUCAUCAUCUGGCUUCACUGGACGACAGUCACCUGCUGGCAUUUCUCUGGGCUCAGAUAUAUCUGGAAAUAGUGCUGAAACGGGACUGAAAGAGACAAGUAGCUUGAAGCUGGAAGGUAUAAAGAAAUUAUGGGGCAAAGAGGGCUAUCUCCCCAAAAAGGAGAGCGCAACUGGUGAUAAAAUGGAAGUGCCGCAUGCUCCUGGGGAGGGUACAACAAUGGAGAAUGUCAGCCAGGCCACAGCCAGAAAGGACCAAGCUCAAGGCCUCACCCAAUCUACAGAGGAGAAAGAAAAGCAGUUGUUGGCAUCCUCACUGUUUGUUGGACUUGAACCAGAAAAUACAAUCAAUUUGUUGGGAAAAGCAGACCUCGUGUCUCACAAGUUCAGGAGGAAAUCAAAAUUCAAGGUCUCCCAAAAUGACAAGACCCAAAAUGACAAGAUACCCAGUGCUCAUAACCCUGCCUCCUCCGCCCUCAGCUCUGUAUCAGCUGUGGCCCGUGGGGAUGAUGACUAUCUGAGUGCUUUGAAUAGAGGGGACACUGAACUCAGUGCAGAGCUCUUGGGUUCUGAGUCUUUGUCAGAGCUGUCCUCCGUUGAAAAACUCUCAAGUGUCAGCUCUCCUGCGCCUUCUUUGUUUGCUGAUGACAACAUGGAGGUUUUCCACCCCUCGUCAUCCUCCACAGCUUCAGCUGCAGCCUCUCUGUUAGAAGAAACUCUGGAGCGUGGGCAUUCAAGUCCCAUGGAAAUCUGUAGUGAUGACACAGUGUCAGUGUCUUCUUACAAAAUUUGGAAGGAUGAUUGUUUAUUGGUGGUCUGGGCAGUCACUAGUAAGACUGAUUCAGAGGUGACAAAUGCUAAGUUAGAAAUUUUUCCUGUGGAAAACUUCAAGAUCAUUGAGCAACCUGGAUGCUGUUUGCCUGGGAUGGAAAGCUCCACAUCUUUUCAGUAUGGUGUGCAGAUGGAAAGCCCUUCUGUAGAGGGGACUCUCUGUGGUGUUAUAAAUUACCAGAUGAUGGAUGCACAUUCUCUUCAGUUGGAAUUUUCCAUGAACUUAUCAUUAUUAGAUUUUAUUAGGCCAUUAAAGAUCUCAACUGAAGACUUUGGCAAACUCUGGUUGGCCUUAGCAAAUGAUGUGAAGCAAACUAUAAAAAUACCAGAGCCUCAAGUUGCCUUGGCUUCUGUCCUAACAGAGCUGCAGCAGAAGCUGGGACUUCAUGUCAUUGACGUCGUAGGCAAUGAAGGGCUGUUGGCAUGUAAGCUGCUCCCAUCCACCCCGUGUGUUCUGCACUGCCGAGUGCACGCCGAUGCGGUGGCCCUGUGGUUCCGGUCCUCCUGCUCGGCUCUUCCAGACUAUUUAUUGUGUCGCUGUCGGAAGGUGAUAGAGACGUCCUAGCACUGCUCUGCUCAGUUUACUUUCUCACACAAAUGGUUUACAUUUAUAAACCUACCAAAGUACAAAGAACUCAUGGUACUUCUGAUGGAAAUGGGGAUUAUUGUAAGGUUCGGUUUAUGCGUCUUCUUCUUGAUUUCUGAUAAGGAUAAUCCCCAAGAAACUGUGUCACUAAUUUUUUUACUCAGGAUUGUACAGUAUGUUUGGGUUUCCCCAAAUGACCUAAGCUAAUGUUAUAAAAUAUAAUGAUUUAUAUAUCACUUAAUGUGAAGGAACUGAAAAUAUUUAUUUUGUUAUAAGUGUUUUAUAACAGGUUUAUUCUAGCAUUAACUGAUUUCUAAUAAAGCCAAGACUCAGUUCUCCUCUUUGAUGCAGGGACACAUGAGAUUGGCUUUGGAAUGUGGUGUUUGUUGUGGGAAAAGGUGUGCUCUCGGUUCUGUUUUACUAGGUCAGUGUUAAACUCAGACGGCCUAGCACAUGCUAACGGUUGUAGGAAAUUCAUGAGCAUGCUGGGUAUUGGGCAGAUCCAAUCUGCAUUUUGGGUUUUUUUUUACUUUUUAACUUGUUAUACUUAAUUUUAAGUAAUUUGGCCAUAAAGUACAUCUGUUUGCUAUUAGAUCCAUUUGGCAAUUAAAUUCUGUGACCAUACUCUAAAUGGUCAAUUAAUUUUUCAUGGCUCUUAAAACUACUAGUAUUCAGUGGAUGUAGAUGCAGUAGUAACCAUGUAAAUAUAUUGUUUUCAUGUUGUAUUUGUGCAAAUAAGGCCUCUGUUAAUAAAAGAAGAUGUUGUGCCUCGUAUGUAUGAUGGGCCAAAAUCCUGAGAUUGUAUAUUAACUGAAAUAGUAUUUUAUAAAAACUUAUGGUGCUGUGGGAAAUAUUUAUUUUACCAUUUCUGGUACUUCACCAUUGAAACUAUUCAGGUAAUACAACCUUUAAGUCAUUACUAUUCUAGCUCGCAGGACUGGCUGUCACCCAGGUCAGGCACUCUGGGUUUAGGUUAUCUCAAUAUUUGCUGAUCAAGAUGCUAAUGAGCCAGUAGAUCUCAGUCAUCUGUAGUUAGAGCAAAAGAAAUAUAGUAUUUUUUAAAUUAAUUUUUAGGUAUUCAUUUUAAAAUAUAACAUUUUGUUAAUUUCUCUUUUAAAAACAUAUAGUUAGCUGAGUGGUGGUGGCAUAUACUUUUAAAUCCCAGCACUCCAGAGACAGAGGCAGUAGGAGUUCUGUGAGUUCAAGACCAGCCUGGUCUACAAAGCAAGUUCCAGGACAGCCAAAGCUACACAGAGAAACCCUGUCUCAAACCCGCCCCCAAGAAACUCACAAAAAUUAAAUAAAUAAACAAGUAAAUAAAAACCUGCAGUUAAACCUUGCUAAAAGAGCAAUAGGUGACUAGAAUUUCCUGUGUGUCAGGUUUCUCCCUUUGAGUAGAAAACCAGGCACGUUAUCAGCCUCAGCACUUUCAUGAUAAAGGGACUCCAGAGCGCCAGCUUCGCGUUGUCUUUCAGCAGCCCUCCCGGCUCCCUAGCCUCAGUCUCACGGUGGCAGAGCAGGGCAGCGUUUGGUACAGGAGACUCUCCUUAGCGUAUGCUUUCAGGUAUUUAUGUGCUACCUGAGGUGGAUCGGUUGGGGAGGGGUGGGGUACAGUAUCUAAACUCACAGGGAGAGCAGUUCCAAGAGAUCAUAGUUUUGUUUGUUUUCUGCUACUUUGUUACAAGGUAUGCUCAUGAGAGCAGCAGUAAUUGUCAUGAAACAUGCUUGACCUAAGAAACAGCUUAAUAGUGCAUGUGGGAUGGUAGGUUUGGGGUUCAGGGAUAAUUUUAGAUCUGCCAAAGGGAACAAAGUGUCACUUUUGUUCUUUCUGAACCCACUAAGUAAAAUGUAAGGUAACAGGGUUUCUACUGAAAUGUUUAAUAUGAUGUUUACAACGUUUAUGAAUUUGAAAACUAAUGAUUAUAAUAGAAAAGAGUAUAUAUUUAAAAACCUUGGGUCAGUAUAUAUUCUAUCUAAACUCAUUGAAGUAUGUUCUGAAUCAGACAUCAUCAACCUUUUUGCGUUGUAGGAGAUAUGAUCAUAAAGUAGGGAGAAUUUUAGAUCUAGUCUCUUUAUAAUCACAAUUCAGCCAAUAAAGGUAAUACUUGGGAGAAGAAGGGCUGUGUGCUUCAUGCUAGGAUGGAUUGGCAGCAGGCCUGAGGCUGGGGACACAAAGGAAGACAGGAAAAGCAUUGAGAGUCAUCCCCAGAAGGUCAGCAGAAAAGCUGCGUGGGUGUGAGAGGACCCUGUGUUGGUUCUGCCAGAGAAACCGGAGGAGAAGCUGGGCGGUUAAUGAGAGCUCGGGUGCCAAGCUUGCCAGGCGCUACAUUUGCUCUGCAGGUGAGUGCUAGCAAAAUUCUCCUAAAAUCCUCCAGGUCGAUUGUGUGAAACUGCAGUAUUUUAAUUUCAUUUUACUGUUCUUUUAUUUUCUGUGGAUAACCAUGGUCUUCGUCGCAUGGUAAGCCACUAGAAGUGCACUGAAUCUGUUCAUGUGUCUUUAAGCUGUUUCCUUGCAGAAUUUUAGGGCAAAACAAUGCAAGUGAAUAGCAACUUAAUAUGCAUUUUUUUUUACUUUGUUUUGGCAUUGAACUCUGUAAUUUUAAAAACUUCAAUUGAAUGUAUAAUAAAAAUAUAUCUAUGCUUUUCUGGGUAUAUAUCUUCUUUA